UUAACCACGGCACCACCAGUAUAUCUGUGGCCCUUUAGCAUCUGCUUAUUUUUCUGCUGAGUCCACACAGCCUGGAACAGGGCAGGCCGGCACAUGGCGCUUGCCCAUGAGCUGAAGGAGGGCACCUUUCUUGGAGAGGGGGUGGCAGGAGGGCAGGGCCUGGGCCCCCUAAGACUCCAGCACAGGGAUCAGCUGGGCAAGGGGGCAACCAACAGAGAACAAGGCGUUGGCGCAAAGAGCACGCCGUGACCCUGCGAGUCCUGCGUACUCACUCCCGAGAGCUCACUGCAUGGCUGUGGGAAGAGAGCACAGAGCCUCGGAGGCAGCACCUGGCGCUGGGAGUCUUCGGCGAUCUGGGUGGAUGGGCCCUGCCUUCCAAGGACUUCUGUCUAGGGCAGCCGUGGAACGUGUACCCCGGACCUCAUCGAGCCAGGAGUCAGGACUUUCCAGAGGAAGGGGCGCUGGUGACUCAAAGGCCGUAGCAAUGGCGGGAAGGCAGUGACUGCGGUGCGGUCAGGUGGCAGCACUCAGGUGGUAUGGGGAGAGGACUGAUGGCACUGGUGGGGGGCUGGGCUUCCAUCGCAGUGAGGGUUGUGAUUUUAAGUCUGGGGUGGACAGCAACACCCAGGCAGAGAACGCAAGGCAGGGAGAGGGGCUACGUGCCUGGCUGGCGCGGGCGUGAUCAGCCUGAUGGGGCAGGAGAAACUGGGGCGGGUGGGGCAGGGACAACAGGGGCAGGGUGAGUGCCGGUGGGGACAGGCAGCGGAUGAGAGGGGAGAAAGCCCCCUGACCCGGCGGCAUGUACCCUCUCUUCCUGAACCCGCACCGCAGGCCUCCAGUCUCCCUCUCUGUGGCGUCCCCAGGCCUUCAGGCUCCCUCUCUGUGGUGUCCCCAGGCCGCCGGUCUCCCUCUCUGUGGUGUCCCCAGGCCUCCAGUCUCCCUCUCUGUGGUGUCCCCAGGCCUCCGGUCUCCCUCUCUGUGGUGUCCCCAGGCCUCCGGUCUCCCUCUCUGUGGUGUCCCCAGGCCUCCGGUCUCCCUCUCUGUGGUGUCCCCAGGCCUCCGGUCUCCCUCUCUGUGGUGUCCCCAGGCCUUCGGUCUCCCUCUCUGUGGUGUGCCUGGUGCAUCUCUUCCCCCACUCCUGCCUGCCCUCGCUCCCACCUGCCCCCCCCCCGUUGCCACAGAGUCUCCUCCCCUUCCCAGCCUCUCUGUCCCAGGAACCCUCCACUUUCACCCCCGAUUUCUCAGGAGCAUGAUGACUGGCCCUGGACUCCUCCCAGCCCAGGGAUGACACAUCCAGAAGCAAGUCCGCGUAGGUACAUGGUGUCCACAGAGAGCUUGACCCCCUGGAUGCCGAGGAGGACUCUACGGAUCUGGCCUACAGGCAUGGCGGAUGACUGCGUGCCCCGGGCCCCAGACACCGAGCCGGAGGAGAUGGAGCCCGCAGGCACUGAGCCCAGCAGCCCCUCAGUGCCCCCCGAGCAGCUCUUCAUGGCACUGUGUGACUUCUUGGCACAGUGCGCGGCAGAAUUGAGCAUCAGCCCUGGGGACUGGCUCUUUGCCCUCAAGGAGGAGGGCAACUACAUCCUUGCCCACAGGCUCUUGGGGCAGCCCAGCCCUGGCCUUGUGCCCCUCACCCACAUCACCAGGGCCACACCGGACACGCUCUUGGACCAACUCUGGUACUUCAGCAGGAUCAGCAGGACUGAGGCCCAGCAGCGGCUUCUUUCGCCUGCCAAAGCACCUGGAACCUUCCUCAUCCAGCCCAGCGAGAGCAGCUGCGGGGAUUACUCCCUGUCAGCUCCAGUCCAGGCCCAGGCCAGGGUCUGCCACUACCGCAUCUCCUCGGUGGCCGAGGGCAGCCCCUACCUACAGAAGGUCCGGCUCUUCCCCAGCAUGGAGGAGCUGCUUGCCUACUGCAAGACCAACUGGAAGCUAGUCCAGAAUCCACUGCUGCAGCCCUGCGUGUCCCAGGUGUACCCACCUGCCCAGCAACCAGGCCCCCACUGCCCCCUCCCACUGCUCUCCAUAAUCGAUUGGGGGGGCUCAAUGGGCAGGCAGAUUCCUGGGCACAGUUUCCCUCAAUAUACUUCCCAGAGUGGGGGCCACUCCCUCCCAAGCCUCUUAUCUCCAUUGCCGAAAGACCCUGAGGGAUGUGAAGCCCAGUUGGGGGGGUGGAGGAGGGUGCUGGGAGGGCAGAGCCGAGUCUGUGCCAUGGAAGGAAGCUGUGGGAGGGAGACGGUGAUCACUGAUCCGGAGCCUCAGUAUCUCCCGGAUCACCCAGGCAUGCUGUCCUGGUUCCUCUAGCCCAGCCAGCACAGCAAUGAGUGUUCGUGGACGGAUGUCCGGCUUGGGCAAAGGGGCCACUUACGUCCCUGAGACACUGGGUCAGGCCCUCCUGAGGUCAGCAAC